AGAAAAUAAAUUUUGUGCUCUUCCAAUGUUCCAGAAAUUUUACUUCUGUUGAAAAAAAGGCCAUAAGAUGCAAUUAUAACAAAUGUAUUUCUGGGAAUGUAGAGAAAUACUUUUAAAAGACUCAGUUCUAGAUCCGGCACGUCAUUGAAGUCUUCGUUGCCUGACCGCUUUUUAGGAGACUGGAGUCGAAGGCCGUGAGUCAGCCAUGAUGGCAGCUGAAGAAAUUAAUGACUCUCCAGUAGAAAUUCACGAUUAUUUGUCAGCAUUUGCGAAUUCCAUUGAUGCUGCGGAUGAGAUGCUGAAGAACAUGAUGUCUGUUUCUAGAAAUGAGUUGUUGCAGAAGUUGGACCCACUUGAACAAGCAAAAGUGGAUUUGGUUUCUGCAUACACAUUAAAUUCAAUGUUUUGGGUUUAUUUGGCAACCCAAGGAGUGAAUCCUAAGGAACAUCCAGUAAAGCAGGAAUUGGAAAGAAUCAGAGUAUAUAUGAACAGAGUCAAGGAAUUAACAGACAAGAAAAAGGCUGGCAAGCUGGACAGAGGUGCAGCUUCAAGAUUUGUAAGAAAUGCCCUCUGGGAACCAAAACCGAAAAAUGCAUCCAAAGUUGCCCAUAAAGGAAAAAGUAAAAGUUAACUUUUUGAUUUUGAUGUACACAUAUUCAAAAAGUA